CUUAGAUGCUCUUUUACUUUUUGUGUCUUCACCCUUUUUAAUUCUGAUCUCACCAUCGUCUUCAUCAUCGUCCAGUUGAAGCCAGUCAUCAAUUCAGUUGUUCCAAUGGAAUUAGGCAAUAUUAAUAACAGAUGCAGCAGAGAUGAUGAGUGUUCUCCCUAUUCGUGGUGGUGGGAUAGCCAUCAUCGACGUCCUUCUUCCUCCCACUGGCUCCACUCCACUUUAUCAGAAUUGGAUGACAAGAUAAAGACGAUAUUAGAACUAAUUGAGGACGACGGAGAGACUUUUGCUAAGAGAGCCGAGAUGUACUACCGGAAGAAACCUCAACUCAUCGACAUGAUACAAGAUCUCCACAGUUCAUACCGGUCCUUAGCUGAUAAGUAUGAUCAGUUGAGAUCUGAAUCCUCAAUCAAAACCUCAAACAACGAAUCUAUCUCAAGUCCCUUGAGAAAAAUGCAACCCUUUGAAGUAAAGGCUCCUCCGAACAGUCCAUCACUUGAUCAGCAGACACCCAACCGCUGCCGUUCUGAAUCUUACAUUGAAGACUACUCUUCGACUGCAGAUUCUGAAUCAGGUACGUCCAGUAUUGGCUUGAUAACCCACGCAGACAAUAAGGUUUGGGAUGAAGUGACUAAGUUUCCGAGUUUGUUGGAGGAAACUGUGGGUAAGCAGGCCGAGUUGGUGAGAAGGAAUCAUGCCAAGAGACAAGUGAUGAACGAGUUAUGGAAUGAGAACACGACUCUUCUAAGUCGGAAGACUAGUAGUAGUAGCUCAAGUCAUAAGGGAGCAUCCAAAGGAUGCAAGUCUCAUAGACGAAAAUUCAGGAGUUUUUUUUGCCUCACAUGAUCACUUUGACUUUAACUGUUAAUAUUUUGGAUUAAAUGUUUUCUGGACUAGAAUUGGUCAUUAUGGUUUUUUUUU